AGCAGAUAAGUGAGUCCUUGAGUGAGUCGGUGCGUCUUAAUAAGAGUUGAACCAGCACGGCGUGUUGACAGCUUCCCCUCUUUAAAGGAUCUGAAUCUGAAGCCGGACCGGGAUCAUGGAGCUGGGUGAGUGCACCAGAAACCCUGGGUACCAGGAUUCGGACGGCACCGCGUCGGCGGCGGACACCAACACCACCGUCCCCGAGGAGAAGGAGGACUCCACGUCGGUGAAGCUGGAGCAGCACCCGGCGGAGGGGGAGUACAUGCAGUUCAAGCCGUACGCCGGGAUGCCCAAAGAGGUGCUGCUGCAGUACUCCUCCCAGGCCCGCUACCGAGUCACCCGGGAGAUCGUGUUCUGGUUGACGGUGGCCUGCACCCUGGCGCUGGUGGCUGUCACCAUCGCGGUGAUCGCCAUGUCGCCGCGGUGCAUGGGCUGGUGGCAGACCACCCCGGUGUACCAGGUCUACCCCCGGUCCUUCUAUGACUCCGACGGGGACGGGGUGGGAGACCUUAAAGGAAUUCAGCAGAAGCUGGACCACUUCCAGUACCUGAACAUCAAGGCGGUGUGGAUCAGUCCUUUCUACCGCUCUCCUAUGAAAGACUUCGGUUAUGAUGUGGAAGAUUUCCGGGACAUUGACCCGCUCUUUGGAACCAUGAAGGACUUUGAAGAGCUCCUGGCUGAGAUGCACAGCAGAGAUUUGAAGCUGAUCAUGGAUUUUAUUCCCAAUCACACGAGCGAUCGACACCGCUGGUUCAAUUUGAGCCGGAUUAGAGACCCUCACUACAAGGAUUACUAUGUCUGGACUGACUGCAAUGCAUCUUUUCCAAAGCCCAACAAUUGGGUGAGUAUUUUUGGGAACUCAUCAUGGACUUACGAUGAAGUUCGAGGACAAUGCUACCUGCACCAGUUCCUCAAGGAGCAACCUGACCUGAACUUCAGGAACCCAGAUGUCCGCCAGGAGAUCGUUGACCUUAUUCAUUUCUGGCUGGGGAAAGGAGUGGAUGGUUUCCGGAUGGAUGCGGUGAAGCACCUCCUGGAGGCUCAACACUUGAGGGAUGAACCACAGGUGGACCCGAACCAACCACCAGAAACUGUUACUACAGAGUGGGACCUCCACAGUGACUACACCACCAGUCAGGUGGGCUUGCAUGACCUGCUGAGGGAGUGGAGGGCUGUGAUCGACACCUACAGCCGUGAGCCCGGCAGAUACAGGUUCAUGGUGACGGAGUCAUAUGAUUACGACGAGGUGUGGAAGACCAUGAUGUACUACAGCACCCCACUGGUUAAAGAAAGUGACUUCCCCUUUAACUUCUACCUGCUGGACCUGCCCCAGAACACCAGCGGCUUGUGGGCACAACAUCUGGUCCACCUGUGGAUGGGCAACAUGCCCAAGGGAAAAUGGGCGAACUGGGUGGUUGGGAACCAUGACAGGUCUCGAAUUGCCUCCAGUGCUGGACAAGCCUAUACCCGUGUCAUCAACAUGCUGCUGCUGACCCUUCCAGGCACUCCAACCACUUACUAUGGCGAGGAGAUUGGCAUGGAGAACAUCAAUAUUACAGAGAGUCAGGUUCAGGAUCCUGCUGGCAAAUACAACAAAAGUCUCAGUCGAGACCCUGAGCGGUCUCCGAUGCAGUGGAGUGGUGACAUGAAUGCAGGCUUCAACAUCAAAACCAACAUCACCUGGUUGCCUGUACACCCUAACUAUGAAAGCGUCAAUGUGGAGGUCCAGAAGGAAGAUGAAGGUUCUGUCCUGGCUCAGUACCGCUUCCUGAACACCCUGCGCCAGUCAGAGCUCUCCUUUCAGCGUGGCUGGUUCUGCUACGUUCAUGCUGAUGCCAAUGUCUUUUCGUACCUUAGAGAGCUGGACGGGCUUGACCGAGCUUUCCUCAUUGUGCUCAACUUUGGUAAAGAGUCUGUCAUCACAGAUCUUUCAUCUGUUCUUGAGUUACCAGACCAGAUGACGGUGCUGAUGAGCACAAACCGUGCCAACAAUGGCAAGGUGUUCAAAAAGUCUCAGAUUAUGACAGAGGUGGGCGAGGGUUUGGUGAUACAGUACUCCACCGGCACUCGGUAUAAUCCCAACCACCCCAACCAGUGCUACAUUUCUGAGAAGGCCUGCUAUAUGAAGGUCAUGGACAUACUCUAUAAAUGCUAAUAAGAAUAGACACUGGCAUUCAUUCUAUUAUCACAGCAAUUUUUGUCUUCUCGGUAAGGGAUUUAUGUCUUAAUAAAGUGGAUGAUUGCAGAUACA